AUGGCAAAGUACCAACGUGUUUACUCGAACAGCUCAGAGAAGGAAGAACGUUUCGCCAUAUUCCGGAACAACCUUAAGAAUAUCAAUAUAUUCAACAGCAGAGGGGCAGAGAAUUUCACCCAACGCAUCAAUUCAUUUGGUGAUUUAACUGAUGAAGAAUUUCGCUCCCGAUAUCGUGGCUCGUUCCACAUUCCCAACACCACCACAACCUCGAGCUCAUUUUUCAAGUACCAAAGUAUAAAAGAUGAGGAUCUCUCUGAUGCAACUGUGGACUGGAGGAGGGAUGGAGUUGUCACCAACGUGAAGAAUCAGGGAGAAUGUGUUAGCAGCUGGGCUUUUGCAACAGUAACAGCGUUGGAAGGGAUUGCCCCAUAUAUUACAGAUAAUAAGUUUAUGAACCUAUCUGUGCAACAACUUAUAGACUGUAGUAAAAGCUUCGGCACCCAUGGCUGCACCGGUGGGUUGCCAUCCGAUGCCCUAGCAUAUGUAGCCGCAAAAGGACUGGUUAUUGAAAACAGGGAUGCAGAUGGCUCAUGUGAGAAUAGUACCCUCAGUCAUGUCACUGCAGUUAUAGGGUACGGAACAACCAUACGAGGAGUUGAUUAUUGGAUAUUGAAGAAUUCAUGGGGCAAAGAUUGGGGUGAAAAUGGCUAUAUGAGAAUUCUUAGAAAUCCUGAGAAUAAGCCUGCAGGUGUUUGUAAUCUUGCGGUAUAUCCUGUGUAUCCUUCUCUAUCUUGA